GGGAACUCUUGCUGAGGGCGCUGCUGUCGUUGGUGCUCUGUACUGCCCCCGCCCGACGCUCGCGGCUCCGCGGGCCCAUGGCCGAGGUGAGGGAGAGAAGCGGCGGUCCGUCACCGGGGUGAGCCCUCUUUCGUUCUGCAGUACCCACCUCGGGGAUUUCUGUACGGAAAAAGCACCCCUCUUCCGUGACUCCCCUUCCGGGUGUGUGAGCAUCACUUCCGCAAAGAGGGCACCUCACCAAUCAGAAUUGAGGAGGGUGUAGCUUGUGCUAAAGUUCGACUGUGAUUGACUUUUUUUGGAUUUUCUGGGACUGCGUUUUCGCGGAAGACUGACCCCCUACGGCUUAUUGUGGGCACGUGGACUGUGUCAGGGAAGCUCCGGUUGUCCCUUUUCUAGAAGCCUUUCCGUCUGAAGGGAGAAUUUCGCUAAGUCCUCAUAGUUGACUCAGCUGUUAACAGAAAUCUUUAAGGGGGGAAGCUGAGCCCAGAGCUACAUAUACAGGUUAUCUUAUCAAAAUGUAUGGACAUAAAGCAAUCUGAAGGAAAUUCAAGACCACAGAAUUUACUGACUGAAGCACAUUAUACUGUUCAUAACAAGAAUAAGAGUAUUUGGAGAAAGACCUUUUUAUUCUGCGAAAUCGUGAUGGAAGCAGAGGAACACCAACAGCCACGGAAGACAGCCUUUUACUCAGAAUUACCUAAAGUGGAACUUCAUGCCCACCUGAAUGGAUCCAUUAGUUCUAAUACCAUGAAGAAAUUGAUAGCCAAGAAGCCAGGUCUUAAAAUCCACCAUCAGAUGACUAUGAUUGACAAGGGAAAGAAAAGAACUUUAGAAGAAUGUUUCCAGAUGUUUCAAAUUAUUCAUCAACUUACUACUAGCCCUGAAGAUAUUCUAAUGGUCACAAAAGAUGUCAUUAAAGAAUUUGCAGAUGAUGGUGUCAAGUACCUGGAACUAAGGAGCACACCUAGAAGAGAAAAUGCUACAGGAAUGACUAAAAAGGCUUAUGUGGAAUCUGUACUUGAGGGCAUAAAACAGUCCAAACAAGAAAACAUAGACAUUGAUGUUAGGUAUUUGAUAGCAAUCGACAGAAGAGGUGGCCCUUCAGUAGCCAAGGAGACCGUUAAACUUGCUGAAGAGUUCUUCCUCUCUACUGACAAUACAGUUAUCGGCCUUGACCUCAGUGGAGACCCUACUGUAGGACAGGCAAAAGACUUCCUGGAACCUCUUUUAGAAGCUAAAAAAGCAGGCCUGAAGUUGGCAUUGCAUCUUUCAGAGAUUGCAAACCAAAAAAAAGAAACACAAGUACUUCUGGAUCUGCUUCCUGACAGAAUUGGGCAUGGGACAUUUCUCAACUCCUCUGAGGGAGGAUCCCUGGAUCUGGUAGACUUUGUGAGGCAACACCGGAUACCACUGGGUAAGGUUUAGGGCUUCACGUCCUCCAGACAAGACUCUAUACAUUUGUCCCCAGCCACCAGGUUGCAACCCAUAUGUGGAGAA